GACGUUUUUUUUUUGUCUGCCUCUAAAGCACACUCAAGUUCCACAUAUACCACAACUACCGCUACCCUCUUUCGUGACACUGACAGUUUUUAAGAAGAACAAUGGGGGAAUAUGCCGGCUACGUUUUUACUGGAGAUGACCUGUUUGAUGACAAUUACGACUACAACAGCAGUAUUGGUUAUGACGAGACCUGCUGCGCUGGCAACGUGUGCGAUCAGGACCGCAGCAUGGAGUUUGCGGCGGUCUUCAUCCCGGUCCUGUACUCGGUGGCGCUGGUUCUGGGGCUGCUGGGAAACGGGCUGGUUCUAGCGGUGCUGUGGAAGAAGAAGCGGACUUGGAGUGUGACGGACACCUUCAUCCUGCACCUGGCCCUGGCCGAUGUCCUGUUGCUGUUCACACUGCCGUUCUGGGCUGUGGAGGCAUCUAGGGGGUGGAUAUUUGGCACUGCCCUCUGUAAGAUCACUGGAGCAGUGUUUAAGAUCAAUUUCUACUGUGGGAUAUUCCUCCUUGCCUGCAUCAGCGUGGACCGCUAUGUGUCCAUCAUCCACGCCGUGCAGAUGUACUCUCGCAAGAAGCCCUGGGUAGUUCAGGCCAGUUGCCUGGCCGUGUGGUUUAUUUGCUGUCUGCUGUCCAUUCCCGACUGGCUGUACCUUAGUCCUUCGUACGAUCUUAGACGACAUAAGACAGAGUGUGUGCCUCUCUACCCUGUGCCCCAGGGGAACUGGCGUUCAGGUUUCCGUUGGCUCUACCACAUUCUAGGAUUCCUCCUCCCAGCCGCGGUCAUGGUGCUCUGCUACACCCGCAUCUUGCUGCGUCUCUGCCGUGGCUCUCAGAACCUGCAGAAGCAGAGGGCCAUGCGGGUGAUUGUGGCCCUGGUGAUUGCCUUCUUCAUCAGCUGGACGCCCUACAACCUCACCCUGAUGGCAGACACGCUGCAGACCAACAACAGUUCGGCCUCCGGCAACGCCUCUUGCGACACGUUGACCACCCUGGACAUCUCCCUGACCAUCACCUCCUCGCUGGGCUACCUGCACUGCUGCAUCAACCCUGUGCUGUAUGCCUUUGUGGGGGUGAAGUUCCGGCAGCAGCUAGUGGAGAUGCUGAAGGUGCUGCACUGCCCGCUGAAGAGCAGGAUGGCCACAUUAUCACGCAGGAGCUCCAUGUGGUCAGAGACUGGGGACACCACCAACACCUCGGCCUUCUGAGGAGGCCAGAUCUGAAGGGCUACUGUAGGACGGAGAUAUUGAGAGAUUAAGAGACGCUGUAUAAGUGUAUAGGGGUCUCUAGCUGCCCAAUACUUCCUCAACAUCACUCUUCUAGUGACUUGCAUGCAUUUUUUACGGAAACUACUGAGCAGUUGUAAAAAUCCAGCUUCAGAGAGUAAAAGUCCCUAUUUUUGACAUUAUGUUCAAAGCAUUUCUUGACAUUCUGUUGCUGUUUAUUUUUUUCUUUUCCAGUCAUUUUUUUUUUAAAUGCAUAAAACUAAGAAUCUUACAGCACAUUUGAAGUAUUGCAGAUAUGUAUUUCAAAACAACUUACAAAAAAUGUCAUAAAUGUUUCUAAUUAAGUGUAAAAUAAUGAUGGAUGGAGCAGGGUUACCAUUAGCCACUCGGUUUUUGGCCAGGUAGAGUAUUCUUCCAUCCUUUUUUCAGUGCUAGGAGACAAGUGGGCAGGAUGUAGGAAGUAAAGAGGUAUAGUUUUAAGAUUUUAGAUAAAACUAACAAACUAUUUAGCUUCCAGCAACUUGCUAAGUGAUGUAUAUAAUAUACAUUGAUGAUAUAUUUUGAGAUGUUGUACAAUGUUAUAAAAUAUGUUUAUGUCCAUACAGGUAUGUUUAGCAAUGCUGCACAUGUUAAACAUCAACAUUGCUAUAACAUCUCUG